UUUCAGGUCCUGUGCCUGGCAAUUUCAAUCCACCUCCAAGACUUCAAGAACCUUGGAGGAACCCACCACCACUCCAGCCUGAGCGUGACCCAUUCUUCAUUGGAGAGCCUCGGUUUCCUAAUCAUCAUAUAUUUGAUCAGAGAAAUCCUCCUCCAAUUCCUCCACCUCCACUUCUUAAUAACCUCCCUGUUCCCACUCAGAACCCACCACCAUUCAGUCCACCAGGGCAGAACUUUAACCAGCCAGGCCCACAACCGAGAUUUAAUCAGCCCCAGUCUAACUUUAAUCCUCCUGGACCUGGUCAACAAGCAGGCUUUAAUCCACCUGGGCCACAAACAGGCUUUACUCAACCUGGAUUCAACCAGCCAGGGCCACAGCCAGGUUUCAAUCCAUCUGGUCCUCAGCCCACCUUUAAUCCACCGGGUCCACAGGCUGGGUUUUAACCCACCCGGCAGUCAACCAAGUUUUAAUCAGCCAAACUUUAACCAAUCAGGUCCCCCCCCUGGGUUCAACCAGUCUGCCGCUCAGCCACCAUUUAACCCGCCAGGUAUAAACCAACCUAGUUUUACCCAGCCUAACCCUGGACCUCAGCCAGGAUUCAACCAACCAGGAACUAGUCCACAACCAAAUUUUCCACAGCCUGUCCCUGGACCUCAGCAAGGAUUUAAUAACCCAGGAUUUACAAGAGAGCGACCUGUUCGGAUUAACCUGCCAUCUCCAGGGCCAAUGGGAAUUCCACCAUUCAGUCAGCCAUCUACAAAUAUAAGGCAUUUUCCUCCACCAAGGCAACCGUUUCCACCCGUUCCUGGACAACCCUUCAUGCUUCACAGUCAGUCGAAUAUGCAGGGACCCAUGCAACCUCCUCUUCAGCCUUUGCAUCAACAUCAUCUGUCUGGAGGACAACAAAAGCCCCCAAUGCCUAUGCCCCCUACACCUUCGUUUAGAGCACAUUUACAAAAUUCUCAGAACCUACCACAUAGAAUGCCAGGGCCUCGACAUCCUGCUCUCAAACAAAGACAGGGUGCACCAGUUCUGAACAUGGUCAAGACUCACAAUCAACAAGCAGCACAUCCAAGAAACAGCAACUUGCGAGAACUGCCUAUAGCACCGUCUCACUCUAUAGACAUGAAUAAGAGAAAAGCAACCUCUGCUCCUGCUGCACAUGUAAUCCCUGUGGCCACCACAGCACCACAACCCAGAUCAGUGAGUGCUGAAAAUGCACAAGUAGCCAAGCCAGGAAACAUCACCAGCACAAUAAAGGCAGAAGUUAAAAGUGAAGAACAGUUCCCUGAUGAAGACGAAGAGACCAGGAAAUACCGCUUAAAAAUCGAAGAACAGAAACGUUUGCGAGAAGAAAUUUUAAAGCAGAAGGAACUGCGUCGCCAACAGCAGGCUGGAGCCAGGAAAAAGGAGCUUCUGCAAAGACUCAGCAGCAGCAGCAGCAGCAGCAAGCUAGCAGUGCCCAGCAAAGCCAGCUUGAGAUGGACAAACAGACUGUAAAGUCAGAAAAUAGCAUCAGCCAGAUUCUGCCUCCCCCCACUGCGCAGGCGCAGCCAAAUGUGAAAACUAGACUGACUCCUAAGAAGUCCGAGGCAGCAACCUCUCCACAAAAUAUCCCCCCUCUGCAAACUGCUGUAACCAAUGUAACAUUUCAGGGACAACAAAAGAAGAUCAUUAAGCAAGCAGUGCAGAACAAAGUGUCAGAGAGU